AUGCCGAACUUCACAGUAGAGGAGAUGCGUGCGGCCAUGGAUGAGCCUCUUUACAUCCGUAACAUGAGUGUCAUUGCUCAUGUCGAUCACGGCAAGUCCACUUUGACCGAUUCCCUUAUCUGCCGUGCUGGCAUUAUCUCUUCUAAGGCCGCCGGUGAUGCUCGUUUCACUGAUACUCGUGCUGAUGAGCAGGAGCGUGGUGUGACUAUCAAGUCUACUGGUGUCUCUCUGUACUACGAGUACAAGGCCGAGGACAAGGAGAAGGAACACGGUUACCUUAUUAACCUUAUCGAUUCCCCCGGUCACGUUGAUUUCUCAUCUGAGGUUACUGCUGCUCUUCGUGUUACCGAUGGUGCUCUGGUCGUCGUCGAUUGCAUUGAGGGUACCGCCGUCCAGACCGAGACUGUGCUUCGUCAGCCUUGA